ACAGUGAUUCUGUUGUUGAACAAUUGAAUGUCGUCACUGCAGUUCAAAUACAUCAACAAUGAAUAACAGUGUAAAUAGAAAGAAUACAACCGCUGUGUGGGAACUGGGAAGUGGGGUUGCUAAGAAAAGGUUUAUUCAAGUCACCCAAAAGUCAUUUUAAGCCGAACUCUGAAGAAAACAGCUAACUUGGAAUUUAUGCCAUAUUCCCAAUGACUCUACUUCAUCUAUUCUUAUUUUUUAUGUCAAUUUUCUUGCCUUCAUGUUUUGGCUCGGAGCAGGGACCUGUUGCAAGGAAUGCAGCCAAGUUACAGACAUGCGGUCAACUCACAGACUCGGCCAAUAAAGUGUCAAGAAUAAUUGGUGGCACUGUUGCUAAUACCUUUCCCCCCUGGUAUGUGGCAUUGGUGAAGCCAGAAACGCGUUAUGCUCCCAACUAUAGUGUGGCCUGCGGCGCUGCUCUCAUCACAUCCAAACAUGUAGUAACUGCCGGUCACUGCUACCUUUCUCCAAUUCCACAUAAAGAUGAUCUCGUGGUCGUUAUAAACUUGACGAAUAGAUGUAAAAGAGAUGGAACAAUUCUAGAGACAGCUGAUUUGAAAAUUCAUGAGCAUUAUCAUGGAAUGGAUUUUAUACCUAAGAAUGAUAUCGCAUUGAUCUAUUUGAAGGAAGAAGUAUCCAACAUGCCUGUUUGUCUUCCUUCCAAAGGUCGGUAUGCCGGAUAUACAGGUCAAAUCUUUGGAUUCGGUUCAACCGUGGCGAGAUCAAUUUAUCCCUGUAAAAUGAUGUAUUCUGAUGUGAAUAUAAUACCUAAAAAAGAUUGUGUUAAAGGCAUGACACUGGAAAUGGCACAAAAAACAAUAUGUGCAGGACAUUUGAAUGGUCGGAAAGACGCCUGCGAUGGCGAUAGUGGUGGUCCUCUUAUAGUCCAAAAUAAAAAUAAUGGAGCAUAUGAAUUGAUUGGUAUCGUUUCUUACGGUGAUGGCUGUGGCCGAGCGAAUAACCCUGGAAUCUACACCGAUGUAACGAAGCGCGGAUUCCUGCCAUGGGUGUUGAAGCACAUAGGAGAUGCCAAGCCAUCAGGCAGUGCUGACAACGUUGUCAGUCAUCCAACCAAGCCGGAAAAGCCAACUCUCGACAAUUCACCGUCUUUUGCGGGCAUUGACUACAAGCCACCUCCUGAAACACGACCUACUGGAGCAGCAAUGGCUGAUCAGAUGACGCCUCAUCCUAAUAUGGAUGCUCAACAAUCUCGUAGAGAGAUGCAGGCCGCUUUUCAAGCUGCCUGUUAUCGGCAAAAAGCUGCUGGAAUGGAUUUCCGGAUGUGAUGUGUUCUAGCUAUGUAACUCCAAUUCAUAAAACACUCUAAAUGUUUGGAUGCUUCUUGCAAUCCAGUGUAAUUGAAUAUUUAUUACUUCCAUUGAAUCGUGUUCAAUAACCAUCUCCAGAGCUUCCUUGUGAUAAAUUGAUGUACAUUACUUUACAAUAUAACCAAUAUUGACUAUUAGGCUAAGUUAUAACAAUUGAAAUAAUUUUGAUUCAUCUCUUCCUAUAUAUGGUGUUCCUUAUCCCUUAUAGCUUAUCUAUCUCGCCCAAAUUAAAUAAUAAAUGUUCAAAAUCAGCUUAUCAACAUUGUUAAAAAUCACUCGCUCAAUAUAAUAAAAUAGCGUAACAAAUAA